AUGGAGGAGCAGGGGAUAAAUCUGGCCGGCGCCGGCGGAGGGGAGGUGAAGCAGGAGGUGGGGGAGGAGGAGGAGGAGAUCGAGUUCGAGCCGACGGAGGACGAGCUGUGGGAGCUGCUGGCGCGGCACGGCCUGCUGCGGCGCGGCCACGGCUACUUCUUCGCGGCGCGGCGGCGCGGGAAGCGCGCCCAGGCGCGGCGCACCCCGGAGGGCGGCGGGGGCACGUGGAUGCACAGCGGCAACAGGGAGGACCGGUGCUCCAUGACGGAGCUAGGCGUGGUGGCGCGCUGGUCCAUGACGCGCUACUGCUUGUACCGCCGCGACGGGGCGCAGGGGCGGCGGAGCACCGGGUGGGUGAUGAGCGAGUACGAGAUCACGGACCCGCGGUGCUACCGCCGCGCCGACGACGGCGACGAGGACCAGUACUGGGUGCUCUGCCACGUCCGCCGCAGCAUCAGGAAGAACCUCAAGCCGCGCUCCCGGAGGCGGUAGGCUGCCGCGCCUCGCCUCGGUCGCCGGCCGGCGCAAGGCGGAGAGGAUCCCCGGCCGAAGAAUCUCGUUGUGCGUUUCUUGUGUUCGU